UACUAAAGACGUAACAGAAAACACAAUUACUCUGUGACUCAGAAAAGAAUCAGAAAUCGAUCGCAGAAGAAGAGAAGAUGAUAGAAGUGGUUCUGAACGAUAGGCUUGGGAAGAAGGUACGUGUGAAGUGCAAUGAAGAUGACACAAUCGGUGACUUGAAGAAGCUUGUUGCUGCACAGACAGGAACGAGACAUGACAAGAUACGGAUUCAGAAAUGGUAUACAAUCUACAAAGAUCACAUCACUCUCAAAGAUUAUGAGAUUCAUGAUGGCAUGGGACUCGAACUCUACUACAACUAAUUCUUCUUCUUCUUGUUAGUUAUGUUUUCGAUAUAAAUUCCUCUCUUAUUUGUACUUUAAUUAAUAAUUAGAGGAUUAAUUAGAGAAUGACACAACACAAUUUGGGUUUGUUUACGUUGAAAACCAGAAUGUUUGUUUCUAA